AUGGCCACCCCACCCUCGCACCUACCUGGAGAGACUCCAGACAGCAACGUUAACGAGAACAACCCCUACGCCUCCUCGAGCCAAUGGCGCCACCAAGAGUCGAGCGCCUUCGCGCGAUAUGCUGGCGCCCACCCCCAUUCGCAUAGCCCCCUCGGCGCCCCGCGAGAUGGAGUGAGCUCUGGCAGCACCGGCGCACUCGCCGACUUUUUCAACGCGAAUCGCAUCGAGACCGCUGGCAACGGCAACGGCGGUGCCGCUCACGUGCCAAUCGUCGUUCCCGCCCAAGAGAAUGGCGACGCGACGCAGAAGCUCGAGGCGCAGGCCGACGGACUGGAAGUCGUCUGCGGCCCGCUCCUCAACUACCGCGGUAUGGUCGACAAUAGGAUCUGGCGCGGCAGCGCACUCAUCGUCGUCAAGGGUGGCGGCAAGGUCCCACCUGCCGCGCCAGCGUUACUCCUCCGUCGUGUCAGUGCAGUCUCUCCACACUCGUUCGUCGCCAUGUCUGGCCCCGACGCGACGCCAGAGGUAGAGAGUCCUCCCCAGAUAUCUGGCGCCAUAACGGCAAAUACCAUCGUAGCCCACUCCGAGUCCCCACCUACCGUGAUUCAGGGCUCGUGCCUAAACUCGGACCCCCGGUGCACCUUUUUCCAAUAUGAUAUCGUCGUUGGUAUUGAGGAUGCCGAAGUGAAGUGGGAGUACACCGUUCCCGACGUGCGCUACUCCAGCGACACGAAACCGCGUCAAAAUAGCUUUUUCGUACCCGCCAUUACAGAGUCGAUGAGGUCCAUGUUCUUCUCGUGUAAUGGUUUCAGCGUUGGAACUGACGAGGCGGCUUGGAGUCAUCUUGCGCUUUGGAAUGAUGUGAUCAGACGACAUAAUGAAGCCCCUUUCCAUGUCAUGAUUGGAGGGGGAGACCAGAUCUACAACGAUGGGAUCCGUGUUGACGGACCCCUCAGGGUCUGGACCGAUAUUGGAAACCCGCGGAAGCGAGGGAAGUUCCCCUUCCCCGAUAACCUGCGGCAGGAAUGCGACAACUAUUAUCUCGAAAACUACAUUUCAUGGUAUAACAGAGAGCCAUUCGCUUCCGCCAAUGGGCAGAUUCCCCAGCUAAAUAUCUGGGAUGACCAUGAUAUUAUUGAUGGGUUCGGUUCUUAUACGGAUCAUUUCAUGAAGUGCGACGUCUUCAGGGGCAUCGGUGGUACCGCGCACAAGUACUACCUUCUCUUCCAGCACCACCUGCCCCCUCCUCCCUUAACUUACACAACAGAUGUCGUGGAAACAACCCUCGGCGGUGACGCGAGGCAAGGGUUUGAUCCGAAACAAGUAGAGAAUGCCUUCGUUGCACCCCAGAGGACAACCCAAGAAAUUGGCUAUAUUGUUGGACCAAAGCCCGGUCCAUACGUCGCCGAGCACUCUCUCAACCUUUACGCUCGCCUGGGUGCACGGCUUGCGUUCCUAGGUAUUGACGCCCGCACAGAGCGAACGCGGCAUCAAAUCAACUAUCCUGAGACAUAUGAGCUGCUCUUUGACAAGCUGUCGGCCGAACUGGUCGCCGCUAAGGAGUCGGGACAGCCCAUUUCCCACUUGCUGAUUCUCCUGGGCGUACCCAUUGCGUAUCCUCGACUCACAUGGCUCGAGAACAUCUUCUCCAGCCCAAUCAUGGGACCAAUGAAGUUCCUGAACCGAAGGUUUGGUUUCGGCGGCUCCUUCUUCAACAAGUUUGACGGCAGUGUCGAUUUACUCGACGAUCUCGACGACCACUGGACGGCCCGCACCCACAAAGCCGAGCGCAAGUACCUCAUCAACUCCCUCCAAAACAUCUCUGCCACGCAUAACCUCCGAAUCACCAUCCUCAGCGGUGACGUUCACCUCGCAGCGGUGGGCCGAUUCUACUCCGACGUCAAGCGGGGCGUCGAUCCCCUCGCCGAUCAGCGCUACAUGGCCAACAUUAUCUCAUCGGCCAUCGUGAACAAGCCACCCCCUGCGCCGGUCGCCAACCUGCUCGCGCACCGGAACAAGAUUCACCACAUGGGUCAUAAGACUGACGAGACACUCCUGUCUUUCUUCGAUAAGCAGCCCGGCGGAAAGAAGAAGGCCGGAAAGAACAACUUUGUGACGAUGCCGAGCCGGAAUUAUGCGAUGAUUACGGAAAAUUCACCCACGAACGACCCGGAGCUAGCGGGGGACGGAAUAGUGACGGAACCGGCGCAGCAGCAGGAUCCUAACCAACCGCCAGUCGAGGAGACAAGGCCGAAGAGCCAUCACUCGAGCAAGUCGGACGGCCGCUUCGCCCUCCACGAUGGAGAGGAGAAUGCGGGAACUCGACACAAGGCUGCGUCUUCGCAACACGGCAAGGGUACCGACGGCAGUCUUGACAUUUGCAUCCGGGUCGAAAUCGACCAGCAUGACGCCCAGGGAAAGACGCAGGGUUACGGUUUGACAGUGCCAGUGUUGCGAUACGUCGCCCGACCAGCAAGCUCAUCCGCAUCAUCUUCGUCCAGCCAGUCGGGGCAGUCUGAGCACCAAGGGUAG